AUGAGCCUCACCAGGUUGGGUCAGAAGGUGGAAGGGACGGCGGGGAAGAGCUCCAAGGAUUGCCCCUGUUACUUCUGCAAUGAACUCUUUGAACUGGGACAGUUACAGAACCACCUGAAGAUAUGCGGCAGUAUACUGGAGCAGUGUCCGCUGCGGUGCGGAGCCUGGAUACAGAGGAAACACAAGGAUACACACGUCAAGGACUGCCCCAAAAUGGAAAAGACGCGUAAUUCAUCGAGUCACGUGAGCGUGCCAGCGCCGGCGCCUCCACCACCAGUACCAGUAUCCAACCACACCUGGUCACCGCGACAGGUCCCCCUCGAUGACUGCGUGUCCUACUUGGAGAAGGAAGUCGCUUCCAUCAAAUUAGUCCUAACAGAAGAAUCAGGUCACCGCGACGUGCAAUCGACGGAGAUAGAGAACAUUCGUUCGAAGCUGGUUCUGGUGGAGGAACGCAGUCAGCACUUCCUCUCAACCCUCGUAUCUUUAAGGGCAGCGGUAGAUGAUGAGGCCGAGAGGUCUGCCAACUGGGCUGCACAGUUCAAGCACGACCUCGCCAAUGUGCAGCUAGCACUGCAGGAACUGCAAAGCCAGCAGCUGACUACAGUGAUGAGACUGGAGAGUGCAGUGAGUAGCCUAGUGCAUGAGCAGCACGAGCGGGAACUGCUGGAGCAGGCGCUCACACAACAUGACAAUAGGAUUAGGGCAGUCAACAAACUCGAGGAAGUAAUAAACUAUAUAAGGCAGACGGUAGAAGAGGAACGAGAGAGGAAUGCGGAGAACCGCGCGGCGUUGGAGGCAGAGCUGAUGGAGGCCAGGAGGUCCUCGGAGCAGCUCGCCAACCUGUCGGCGCUGAGGAUGCAGCUGCAGGCCACGUCUGAUGAGAGGCCGGGCAUAGACCGCGUGGCAGUACUAGAAGUGGCGACAGCAGACGCCAGAGCCGAAAUGUCAGAACACUCUACGAAAGUAGACGCAGUAUUGCGGGAUCUGCGUGCCCUCACCAAGUCUUACCACAAAAUGAGGAACGAGCUCGCUGACUUCCAGUCCAAGGUCACCUUCGAUAGAAAUGAGCUGGGAUCUGAAGACGGUCGCUUUAUAUGGAGAAUAGACAAGUUCCUGUCUCGUAUGAAGGAGGCCAAGGAGAAUGACACCGUGUUGAGCAGCCCUCUCUUCAGGACCAGCAAGUAUGGGUACACGCUGAAGGCAGAAAUCAACCUGAACGGUAUCGGUAAAUGGAAGGGUCGUCACAUUACGUCAACAGUCCGGCUGGUGGCUGGACCGUACGACGCUCUGCUGGAGUGGCCCUGCGACCUCAACAUCAACAUCAUACUCCGAGACCAGCCCAACAACAGGAGCCAGGCAAUGGACAUAGUGAAGUCACUCCAACUGAAGCGCAAGUCAUCGUCUAAACGUCAUGACUACGAUGACGGUGGUGAUGAUGACAAGACCAAGUCAUCAGACACUCUGGACAAGACAGUCACCCAGCUGAAGAGGCAGUACAUCUUCAUACCACACACCAGUCUAGACAAGUUCGAAUAUGUUAAGAAUGACGUCAUGUUCAUUGAGUUUAUUGUUAAUCAGUAA